CAUGCCACCAUCAAGAUGGGCGUGAACGUCCUGUCCAGCGCUCUCAAGAGCAUCAGUAAUGCCGAGAAGAGAGGCAAACGCCAAGUCCUUAUUAGGCCGUGUUCCAAAGUCACUGUCCAGUUUCUAACUGUGAUGAUGAAGCACGGCCACAUUGGUGAAUUUGAAAUCAUCGGUGAUCACAGGGCUGGGAAAAUUGUAGUGACGCUCACGGGUAGAUUGAUCCAGUGUGGAGUGAUCGGCCCUAGAGCUAACGUGCAGCGCAAAGACCUAGAGAUGUGGCUGAACAACCUGCUCUCCUCCCGCCAGUUCGGUUUCCUGGUGCUGACGACCUCCGCCGGCAUCAUGGACCACAAGGCAGCCAGGCGAGAACACACGGGAGGGACAAUCCUGGGCUUCUUUUUCUAG